GUUAUUCCUCUUCCCCCAAUCUUCGCAUUUAAAGCAAAACUGACUCAGACCAAAAAGCUUUGAGAUCUUUUUAGAAUGACGAAUCCGGACAACCAGAAGCCGGUUGAAGUAGCCGACGUGGAGGCGCCGGAGAAGACGACCGAGACGACUGCGCCGUCGUCUGGAACGUCGACGUUUUCGGCGAUUACUCAGAGAUGGAAAAGAGAGGAUUUGAUCAGGAAGGCAUCUCCGAUCAUGAGAGGAUUUUGUCUUUUGUUCUCUCUUCUUGCUUUCAUAAUUAUGGUCUCUAAUAAACAUGGCUACGGUCGGAACUUCGACGAGUACGAAGAGUACAGAUAUUUAUUGGCGAUCUCGAUUCUUUCAACAUUAUACACUGUGUGGCAAACUUUCUCACAUUUCUCCAAAAGGGAAUUUUUCGAUCGCCGGACAUCUAUUUUGGUUGAUUUCUCCGGCGACCAGAUUGUAGCGUAUUUGCUCAUAUCAGCUGCGUCGUCUGCAAUUCCAUUGACCAACAGAUUUAGAGAAGGUCAAGAUAACAUUUUUACUGAUUCUGCUGCUGCAGCUAUCAGCAUGGCUAUCUUUGCAUUCAUCUCUUUAGCUCUAUCUGCCCUGUUCUCCGGUUACAAACUCUCCACUCACUCUUUGAUUUGAAUUUUUUGUUCUAAAAUAUUGUGCUCUUCUAUACCAUUUGUGAUAUCUGCAAUACAUGUAAAUGUCAUUCUUUUAUGUGUUCAUAUAGCUGAUGCUACUUUGGGUGUGUGACUCUUUGUGUGUCAGUGUGUGUGUGUGUUCUUCUUUGAUACAUUAUACAAAGUGAAAAAAAAAUGUAAAAAUUCAUUGGCUU